AGAUCACCGCCGAAGACUCCCGAACGGCGGCGAACGCGCCCACGUAUAAGAAUGUUCCCCCCGCGUUCCGUUCCCCCAGCUGUCCUUCAUCUCCCCCGCCGCCAGCGCUAGUCAAGAGUCGCAGAUGUCCACCGCCGAGCGCGAUCAGUCCCCCGCGCGCUUCCCCACCGAGGAGACGCCUCUUCUCGCGGGCACGGUCGACGAGGCGCAGUCGCCGCCGCAACCGCAGACGACGCCCCUCCCCUAUGCGCAGCUCGCCGCGCUCUGCCUCGUGCGGCUCGUCGACCCGCUCAACUUCACGCAGAUCUUCCCGUACAUCAACGAGUUCAUCACGUACCUCCGCCUCACGGACGACCCGGGGAAGAUUGGGUUCUACAGUGGGCUCGUCGAAUCGAGCUUCGCGCUUGCGCAGCUCAUGAGCAUCUACCCGACGGCCAGAUUGUCAGACGUGAUCGGUCGACGACCUAUCAUCCUCGCUGGUGCGCUCGGAAUCGCGCUCUCCACCUUGCUCUUCGGGUGCUCGCAGAGCUUGGCUGGUCUGCUCCUUUCUCGCUCGCUUGCCGGCAUCUUCUCUGGGAACGCAGGCGUUCUGCACUCCGCUCUUGCGGAAAUGACAGACCCGAGCAAUCGUGCUAUCGCAGUACCCAUCUAUGGCAUGACCUGGCCGGUGGGUAGUAUCGCUGGACCCAUGAUAGGCGGAGCUUUCGCGAAUGCAGCACAGAAAUAUCCCUCCCUGUUCGGCUAUGAUUUCCUACGUCAGUAUCCCUACUUCAUGCCGUGUUUUGUCACGGGUUCGCUAGGGCUGCUUGGGUUCGUGCUGGGCUGGUUCUCGCUUGAGGAGACCCUGCCAACGAAGCGUAAGAUGAACAUGAGCAGAUGCGAUUCCCCGUCCCCUGAGCGGUCAGAAGCGCCACGCCUGCCAUCUACGUGGGCCCUUAUGCAGAUCCCGGCCGUUCGCGCGCUCAGCAUUUCCGGGUUCGUUCUCAGCUUUAUCUGCACCGCGUUCGAUGUCAUGUUUGUCCUGUUCUGCUACUCUUCCGUCGAGCAUGGUGGUAUUCACUUCAGCGACUCCGAAAUUGGCAUGGGGCUCGCCGCCUCUGGGGUCUACGCCGCGUUUAUGCAGCUGUGCGCGAUGCCGCUCAUCAUCCGCCGCUUCGACCUCGCCGCCGCGUACAACUUCUCCAUGGCCGUGUGGCCCUUCGUCUUCGCGAUCUUCCCCGCGAUGCAGCUCACUGCGCGCGCGGGGUACGACGCGGCGACGGGCACGUACGACGGCCAGACGCGCGCGCUGCUGUGGGUGAUGGUGCUCCUGAUGAUGGGCCUGGCGAAGGUGGCGACGCUCGCGUACACGUUCAGUAUGAUGCUCUGCGCGGUGCACACGCCGAGCCCGGCGGCGCUGGGGUCGGUGAAUGGCCUGGUGCAGCUCAGUAUGUGCAUGUCGAGGGCGGUGAGCCCAGCGGUGAUCAGCUUGGCUUUUGCUGUUUCCUUGGAUAAUAACUUGCUCGGCGGGCAUUUCUGGGUGGUAAUGAUGAUCGUGCUGAGCAUCGCGGGGCGGAUGUUCACGCGUGGCAUGCCGAGAGGGGACAAGCCCUCGGCUGCGAACAUCGAGCCGGAUGCGAUGGCGGCCAUGGUCGAGUGAGCUGCUCGACGCUAGACUCAGCUCGUCCCAGAGAGGGGGGAAGGGCCCCGCGGCCUGAUAUGCGCCGGGGUCCUACGAUCACAACCUACUUACGACCAAUCACGACACACUAUUGGGGAGCCAGCUCUCCCUAUUCACGAGGAGGCGGUGACGGACGCUCACGAACAUUAUAUCCCACUAUCCCUGUACCACGACCCUCCUGCGGCAUAGAUACCUCUCAAAAUGUACAUAGAGACUGUAGAAAUGUACAUAGUGUUGUUUGCAUAGCGACUAGGAAUACACAUCCAACUUCUGACGAGGA